GCAAAUGCACCACAAAUCGGUUUGUCAUCCACCACAAAAGUGAAAGAAGAAGGAUGCGAUGAACGCAACUUGUUUCUAGGCUGUGAUUGACUGGAUUGGUGUAUCAUCUAGGUCGUGAUGGAUGAGAACAAUGAGGACGAAGAUCUGAAUGAAGCGGCGGAGAAACACCAUCAUGUCGAAACUGGAGAACAACCAGAGCCGAGGCCAAAAAAAUCUUUCGCCUGCCCUCAGUGUGGAAAGACUUUCAACUACAAACACAACCUUCAGGUUCACAUGAGAGUUCACACUGGGGAGAAGCCAUUCAUGUGCGAUUAUUGCGGAAAGAGUAUCAAAUACGAAAGAAACUUUCAAGAACACCGACGAACCCACACUGGAGAGAGACCCUAUUCAUGUAUUCACUGCGGAAAGAGUUUUGCUAAUAAAAAAACCUUUAAGAUCCACACCCGGAUCCACACCGGAGAGAAGCCGUUCACAUGCGAUCUGUGUGAGAAGAGAUUCACACAAGCAAGAGCUCUCAAAUCGCAUCUGCGUUCUCACUCUGGAGAAAGACCGUUUCACUGCGAUCAGUGUGGUAAAACCUUUUUUACAGCACUAUCCCUGAGGAAGCACUUGAAAAUCCACACGCAGGAGAAACCUCACGUGUGUUCGUUGUGUGGAAAAGCUUUUACAGAGCUUGGUUCUUUAAUAGUUCACCAGAAGAGACACGAGGGUCUGAAGAAUCACAUAUGCGGUGAGUGCGGGAAGUCGUUUAUUACAAAUAGUGAACUGAAAGUGCACCAGAAAGUUCACUCUGGAGAAAAACCGUUCCAGUGUUCACACUGCGACAAGAGAUUUAAUCAAACCGGACAUCUGAAAACACACGAGAGGAUCCACACCGGAGAGAAACCGUAUCACUGCACUGCAUGCGGGAAGAGCUUCAGUCAGUUCGCUUCUCUUCUCAGACAUAAAAGCACUAAUAUCUGCAAUAGUUUUGACAAAACCUGAUGAUCCAUGAUUUGAAAAUCAUUAGACAUUGCAGGGGUGUUGGAAGUUAUGUAAAUAACUUACGUCAAUGUAUGAUUUAAAGUGACAUUAA